AUAAUCCUCCAACCACUUCGGUCCAUACUCCAUACUCCACAGAUAUCUCCAUUUUUGAACCUCGCUUUCCACCGUUCUCCGGCCGAAAGCCAUGUUUGAAGAAUCUGUGUCAUCGAUACCCUCAAUCUGGGCAUCCAUGAAUAGUUGGUUCACUCCAUCUGUUCUCUUUGUCUUCCUCAAUCUCAUGAUAGGCACCAUUGCUAUAUCUUCAAGGUUAGCCUCCGCCUCCACGAAACCCGCCCACCACCAAGACGACAACAAACACCACCCCCACCACCACCCACUUGCUAGAUCUCCGUCCGUGCUUCAAAGAUUCAAAUCUAUCAACUUUUACAGUUACAGAUCCCCUGAAUCCACUUCUGUAACCUAUGAAAAAUCUCAGCAAUUUGACUCCCAUUUCACAUCCCCUCAAGAAGAAUACCACCAAAAUCAGCCUUUUGUUUCCAGAUCUCCUUCUAUGCUUCAACGUCUCAAGUCUGUCAACCUCUAUAAUUACUUUUCUCAGGAACCCAUUAGCAAUACUGUGCCUAGAACUCAAGAAACUCACACUCAUUUCACUCUGCAGCCUGUUUAUCAACAGGAAAAAGAACAGCUCGAAGAACAAGAAGAGGGAGUGGAUACAGAGGAAGAAGAAACUGAGGAAAUCCAAGAUCAAGAGCAGACCCUUGACGAGAUAUACAGCAAGCUGAAGAGCAAUAAUAAAGUGAGCAUAUCCAAAUCUGACACAAAGCCAACUUCUGGCGAUGUUCCCACAAAACUUCAAAAGAAAAUGAAGAAAUCUGCUAGCUCAAAGUCUGCUUUUGUUCAUUCUGAAGAAGACGACAUUGUGGAAGCUCGUCGGCCGGCGACUGUGAGAGAAAGCAAGACUAAAGCGACAGAGAUGGAUGAUGCAGAAGUGGAUGCCAGAGCUGAUGAUUUUAUCAACAGGUUUAAGCAGCAGUUGAAGUUGCAGAGGAUUGAUUCCAUUAUCAGGGACAAGGAGAUGAGCAGUAGUGGGAAGGGAAACUAAUUAAAGGUCGGUUUUCAAUUUCUGGGUUGAAUUUUAAUUUUGUUUAUUUGAUUAAAAUUUUAAGGGUUCAUUGAUUGUAAAUCAACUUGAAAAUUUUACUGCUUUGGUGCCUUUUCUGUGUAAGCUUUGCUCAGCUCAGCUUAAGUAUUUGUUACAAAUCCCUUAUCCAAUCUAGCUAUCCUAUAAUUUUCAA